AUGGCACUGGACUCUUAUAUCGCGAAACUUCUCCGUCAGAAGCUAUGUGAGCUUCUCCCGUUGCAGCCAAUCCGUCCAGAUGCCGUCCGAGCGAGCAUCCUCAACGGUUCAGUGCACCUGUCCGAAGCCCUGGCCUGUCCAGAUUCAUUGAACCGGGAGUGGCUGGGGGAGGAUAGUUCCCUGCUCGUGUCCGCUGCACAUGUUGGGUCGGUGAGGCUGGAGAUUCGGCUGCUGGGCUUGGCGCACGUCAGACUGAUCGUCAGCGGCCUCCAUGUCUCCCUAGUGCCUAGGCCCGUUUGCAAGACACAGGUAGAUGGCAGGAAAGCACAUGAGCAACAGAAAGCGGCAGUGGCGGGUAUGGAGAAGGCAGAGAAUGUGGAAUCCAGUGGGGAUGCAUCAUUGGAUCAGCAGGUCGCUGUACUGGACCCUGAGCCCAGGCAACCAUGUUCUUCCCCUCUGGUCCUCUUACCACUCUGCCAUCCCUUACUCCAUACCUGCAUGCAUCCAUGUGUCCAUUUCAAAGGUCAUCCCUUCAUGCUUCUUCCGUCCUCCUUUCCUCUCUCACGCUUCUUCCUUCCUCCUUUCCUCUCUCACGCUUCUUCCGUCCUCCUUUCCUCUCUCACGCUUCUUCCGUCCUCCUUUCCUCUCUCACGCUUCUUCCGUCCUCCUUUCCUCUCUCACGCUUCUUCCGUCCUCCUUUCCUCUCUCACGCUUCUUCCGUCCUCCUUUCCUCUCUCACGCUUCUUUCUUCCUCUUCAGGGAGCAAGCCUGCACGAGGCCAUCAAGCGCCACGUGGCGCAGCGCCAUUCGCCCUUCUCGUUCUCCCAUUGGCUGGGCCAACAGCUGGCGUCGUGGGUGCGUGUGGAGCUCCACGACGUGUGCCUGCGCCUGCACCUGCACGCACAAAUGCCACCCACACCCUCAUACCACCAGUGCACGUGCCGUUCCUGCUGUAAGGGCAAGCGCGUUCAGCCAAUGGAGGAGGCGAGCGAUGACGAGAGCAGAAAGGAAGAGACGGAGCAGUGUGUGAAAAGGGAGGGAUAUGGAGGGGGUCACGGGCAGAGGAUACAGGGCAUGGGCCAGCAUGGAAUGAGAGGUGGCACUGGUGCUGCCGCUCCUUGUGUGACUGUGACUGGUGAGACUGCUGCUGCACCUGCUGCCUGCUGCCUUGGCCUUGAAAGGUUGGUGCUGUCGUGUCAACAGUCCUGCUCUGCAGGUGACAGGAGGCAUUCAGUAGAGGGUGAGGCAGUCCCAGGUGGUUGGGCAGGCGCAGGCACGGCAGUUGAUGCAGGGGUUGAGGUGGGCGCAGGGAGAGACGCUGGUGGAAGGGAGGCGGACGGGCACAGCACUUGGGGCGAUGGGGGUGCAAGUGGAAACAGUAGCAGCAGUGCCAGUGGGGUUACAGUUGGGAGAGGCAAGCGGGCGUGGGGCGGGAUGUGGGAAAAAGCACACUGGAGGUCUGUGCUUGUGUGGUUUUUGGUAGGGUUUUGUGUGCUUCUUGGGGUGUCUGGUUUCCUAUUUGGAAUUCAGCUACCAGAUGUGACUGGUAUGGGAAAUCUGCUGCAACCGCGGCUGUUGCCCUUGACACAGCAGAGGAGUUGCUCCUCUAAGGGCUACUUUUGGAAGCCAUUGGUGCAGACUCGGUGGGUGGAAGCAGCAGCAGAGACCGGGUCAAGAGGGAGCAAAGCAGAUGUUGCAGCAGCAGCAGCAGAAAGCGCAUUGCAGGGAAGUGCAGCAGAGGCAGCGUUUUUGGGGAGCACUGUGGGGACAGCAGAAGCAGCAGCAGCAGCAGAAGCAGCAGCAGCAGCAGAAGCAGCAGCAGCAGCAGAAGCAGCCGCAGCAGCAGAAGCAGCUGCAGCAGCAGAAGCAGCCGCAGCAGCAGACCUAUCAAACCAAUGGAAGGGCUCGGUCCAGCAGUCUGUGCUGCUGUGCUGGGCAUUGGGCUCUGCCACCCUCGUCUGCCUCCUGGCGUUUCACCUGAUGCGUGCCGCCAGAGCCACAGCUGCUCGCGCUGAAGCUGUAGGUAGGUGGUUGAAAGCAGGUGCAGAGCGGUUGAGAGCGGUGGCAGUGUGGGUGGUGGCAGCGGCUGUGUGGGUGUGGAAAACGGUGAGCUUGAUCGUGGGUGUGAGACUGGGGGCGGAGAGAGGAGGGGAGGUUUGGAGGGAGGGUGGGUUGGAGCAGCGGUGGGAGGUGGGUGGGCUGGCGUUGUGGCUGGAAAGGGGUGUGGGAGAGAAGGUGGGAGGUAAGCGUCAUGAGGUGGGAGGGAAGUGGGAGGUAGAGGGAGAGGAGAGGGAAGGUGUGGAAGAUGAGGGUUUGGCUUAUGGGGUUAUGAGGGGAAAGGGAAAUUUUGACGUGGAGAGUGGCGAAGGGACGGGUGGGAAGGGAGGGGAGGGUGAGGACGAGGAUGGGGAGGAUGAGGAGGAAGAGAAUGAGGAGGAAGAGGAUGAGGUGGAGGAGGUUGGGAAGGAGGAGGAGCAAGGGGGGGAUAAAGGGGGAGAAGUAGAGGACGUAGAGGAGGAAGGUGGUGAAGGGAGGGAGGAGACAGGGGAAGACAAGAAGCCAAAACGGCCCCUUUUAGAAGCAACCAGGCCGGCCAACAACUCGUUCCGGUCCACAUCAUCCCCGCUCCCUUCCUCCUCCAAUCACCCCCGUUCCUUCCGAACAACCACCAAGGUCUUCCCCGAUAAGCGCGCCUUGAUCGACCCAUUCAGAGGGUCCGUAGUGCUGCAGUAUUCCCAGGACUGGGCUGUGAAGCACACAGCAGUGUGCCUCCAUCAGUCAGUCAUGGUCCGUGCUCGGGUAAUGUUUGAGAAGCAGGGUUGGAAGCAGGCUCGGAAACAGGCCCACUGGAGUGAUUCCUGGGGCGAGCUGCAGGAGAUCAAGGGUGGAUGGGCGAGGGCAGAGCAGGGAGCGGGGAUGGGUUGGGAUGGGUUCGAGGGAAGCAGAAGUGGUGGGUGGGAGGUAAGAGCAGUAGGGUUAGACAUGGUGGUGGGACUGGUAGGAGCGAUGGGAGCAGUGGGAGCAGUGGGAGUGGGGAUGCCUUCUGUGGUUCUUGACUCCUGUGGCAAAGGAGACUGUGAUGCUGCUGGUAGGGCCCCUGCUGGUGGUGAUGAUGAGGCGGGAUGGGGUGAUGCAGAUGCAGAUGCAGACGCACUGCAUGUGUCGGUGUCAGGAGUGCGAGCAGCCAUGUUGUCGCUGCCAUCAGGUGGUUUCCAGUGCAACGCUGAGGUGCAUACAGUGCAUGGCUGCAUGUGCUCUUCCUCACACACGCGCUCUGCCCCACAUGCAUCCUCCAACUCACACAAGAGCAUGGUGCCUUUCUUGAGCCUGUCUGCCCGGGAAGGACUGAGAGCGAUGGGUGCUGAGAUGAAGGGCAAUGAUGGUAACGAGGAGGGUGGAGGAGGAGGGGCAGACACAGGGGCUGAUUCAGCUACGGAGGAGAAACCAAGAAGCCUCCGUAGCUUGGUCUUCUAUCUUAUUCGCUGCCUCCUGCUCACUCCACUGCCUCGCUUUUUGCACCUGCGCCAGUCAAAUGAAGACGAAGCUUCCAGAGGUGGGAUUGAGGCAGAGGCAAAACCACUGGAAGCAGCAACUGGUACACAUGUUGGUGCCAGCAACUCUGCUGUUCUCGAAAACACCGGGAUCGGAAGUGCAGCCAAUCAGGAGCCGUUUCUGUCGUUUCAGAUGGCCGCCCCUGCUCCUGCCUCCACGAGACCGGACAGGCCAGUGCAGGUCCACGUGGCAGCUGGUGAUUCACUCCUGGCUUUGAGUCCCGAUCUGAUUGGCGCAUUCGCGGCGUUGGGAAAGCUACUCGAGCAGGUGUUCGAGAUGAGUAGAGGCAAAGGGAGUGGUUGCGAGGGAAGUUGCAGUGGGGGGAGCAGCAGCGAGGGGAGCAGCAGUGGGGGAAGUGCGGGAAAGGAUGCAAGCAAGGGUAGCGACAGGAGCAGCAGAGAUAGCAGUAUAGGCCCAGUGGAAGGCAAAGAUGCAGUUAGUGUGAAGCACCUGACUACUGAUGAUUUUCCCACGGGUGUUGCACAUACCAGUAAUGACAGACACAUCAGGCUCCCUGCUUGCUGUAACCAUCCUAGUAGCUUGGACAGCUUGUUUGCAGCUCUGCGGUUGGCUCUAGACGGACUCAUCCCGAGUGCAUCGUGGCAUGUGGACGCGACAAGUGGCAGGCUGUGGUUGGCGGUUGGGGCUCAGGCUGACGUGGCAGCGGUGGCAGCAGCUGCAGCUGUUUCUGGGUUGACCUGUAGCAGCAGCAAGGAGGAAAGCACUGGUGGCCGGGAAGAAAUGUCUGGUGGCUUACCCCUAAGGGGGGAUGGCGUGUCAGGUGUGAGAGGGGGUAUGGAUGCAGAGGUCUCCACAGAGGGGGUGUUUCUGACCAGAGCUGUAGUGGGAAGAGAAGUGCUAGAGGCAGCAGUGGGUGUGGGUGCAGAAAGGGAUGAGGUAGCAGUUGAUGAGAUUAAUGGGUUGCAAUCACAUGGGAGUAGACAGAGGCAGAGGGGACCGUGGAAGAGGAAGAGUGGGGAGUGUGAUGCGGUGACGAGGAGUGUCUCUGUGUGGACAGUGGUGCUAGCUCCAACUCAACUCAGCGUGCUUGCCUCCUUGUACCGAUGCCAGACCACCACUUUAAUCACGUCAAAUACAAUCACAUCUGCAGCUGCUCUGAUCCGAGUCCCUGUGGUAGCAGCUUCGGUGCCAGCCACCAUCAUUCACGCACUUCCACAGAUCGCCUCUCUUUCUGCUGCUCUCUGCGCCACAGUACCCUUCACUGUCGUGUCUGUGCCAGCUAGGAUGCUUCCUGACGUGCUGAGCUGUCCAAUGACACGUGGCACAGGGGAGGAGGAAGGGGGAGCAGCAGAGAAGCAUGAGGGGGAGGUGCAGUCCGGGCAGGAGGACAAUGAAAAGGAACAGGAGAAAGAGGAAAAGAAUAGUUGGUGGGGUGUGGGACGGGAGAGAGCAGAGGGAUGGCGUGUGGGUGAUGAAGUGCCGUUCAGCAGGAGCAGUAGAGUGCAGAUGAGAGGUAAAUGGGGAGCUAUGGAGGGUGGUAGGGAGUCUAGAAAGAGGUGUGGUGAGGGGGAUAGGCUCCCUGCGGAAGAAACGCGCUUGGAGUGGGGGAAGAAGCGGUCGGGGAAAGCUUUUGAGGCGCCUCAAAAGGAGUGGGGGAAAGCUGAUGGGUUAGGAGGAGGUGUGCUUGUGAGGCAGCUUACACGAGACAGUGGCAGCAUGCGGGGAGUGGGACCUGGGGAGGCAAGGGGAGAAGGGGGGGGCGGGGCAAGUGAGCUUGGGGUGAGGCAAGGGCGACUGCGUCGAACGACAUCUGAACAGCCGUGGAUGGUGCGAGGGAGAGGGCUUGCGGGUAAGGUGGUGCAGGUGGAUGCUGGAGUGCAGAACGGUGUCGAGGAGUGGAGAGGUGAGGAGGAGGAUGGCCGAGGAGAAGGGGAUGAUGGCGAUGGUGGGUAUGGGAGCUCCUCCGGGCAUGGGGAUGAUGGGAGGCAUGGGGAGGAUGGGAGGGAUGGGGAGGAUGGGAGGCAUGGGGAGGAUGGGAGGCAUGGGGAGGAUGGGAGGGAUGGGGAGGAUGGGAGGCAUGGGGAGGAUGGGAGGCAUGGGGAGGAGGAUGGGAGGGAUGGGGAGGAGGAUGGGAGGGAUGGGGAGGAGGAUGGGAGGGAUGGGGAGGAGGAUGGGAGGGAUGGGAAGGAGGAUGGGAGGGAUGGGAAGGAGGAUGGGAGGGAUGGGAAGGAGGAUGGGAGGGAUGGGAAGGAGGAUGGGAGGGAUGGGAAGGAGGAUGGGAGGGAUGGGAAGGAGGAUGGGAGGGAUGGGAAGGAGGAUGGGAGGGAUGGGAAGGAUAGGAGGGCUGAGACACGCAGUGUGGGAGACAUGUCAGAGCAGGGGAAUCACAUAAGGUGGAAGGGUUGGUGGAAAGCCCUGGGACUGAUUCGAGGAGGGAAGAAAGAUGGGGUGGAAAGAGGAAGGGUAGAGCAAGAGAAGGCGAGGCGAAGAAGGGCGAGGGAUGGGAACACAGGCGAUAAAGGUGAGGGGCGCAGGGGAGCAGUAUGGGGUGGGGGUGAGCAACAGAGUGCAGCUGGAAAGAGUGCAGCGGACAGGCUGGGGCCAGCGGAGUCAGCUCCUCCAGCAUGCGGUACGAGCACUGUCAUGUGUGGAGGAAGGGGGCAGCAGGUGAGUUUUGAGUCGACUCAAGCAAGGGCCAGUACUCGAAAUUCACCUGCGGAGUCAGCUCUUCCAACACGCGGUACGAGCACUGUCACGUGUGGAGGAAGGGAGCAGCAGGUGGCAGCAGCAGAGGCACGGAGCCUCUCUCUAGACAUGCUUGUGAGUGAUGACAGCGCAGAGCAGCAGGUGCUGCUGGGGUUCGAGCCUCUGCUGCUUUCCUGCCAUUCCGAUGCACCUGGUGUGGUCCGGCAGGUGGUCCGGCUGGUGAAGCAGCAGGAGAGGCAGCAGCGGAAGCAGAAGGAGAGGAGUUGUGGCAGGGAGAGAAGGAGUAGUGGUGGCAGGGAUUGGAUUAGCAGUGGUGGAAGAAAGGGGAGCAGCGGAGGUGGACUGUUGUUUGCUGCACUGCCUGUGCUGCAUGCGUCAGUGGACGCAGUUCGAAUGGACCAUUUCUCUGCUCGGGUGGUGCAAUCGAAUGAACAAGGGGGUGGAGGGAGUAAAGCGGGUGAGUCAGCAGAAGAAGCAGCAGCAGCAGAGUGUUUGUGGUCUGUCCCUGCGUUGUCUAGUCGUGGUGGUGCAAUGGAAAAGGGGCUGGAGGAGGAAAAGAGUCGGCAGACAAUGCAGAAGCGCUUUCAUACACUGGGGCAGGUGGCCUUAUCGUCUGCAAGCGCUGCACAUGGAGCAUCAGCAGAAGCAGCAGAGUCUGGGAGUCCAGAGUCGGGGGCUCCUUCUUACAUGGAGAAUCUCAGGCAGCUGUGUGCACAUGCUCGGGUGGACGUAGAUGGGUUUCGGUUGCUUCUGCUCCACCCGGACGCCAGGAAAGGUGGAUUUCUCACGCUCCUGAGCGCGCUCUGUUCUUCUGAGAUUGCCCCGUGUGGAGUAGACGAAGCGAAUGCGGUAGGAGUGGAUGCCGCUGUGGGUUCCGGCAGUGACUCUGCCACCAGUGCUGCCACCACUGCUUCUUCUGCUGCUUCUUCUGCUUCUGCUGCUGCUGCUGCUUCUGCUGCUGCUGCUGCUGCUGCUGCUGCUGCUGCUGCUGCUGCUGCUGCUGCGGAUGGCGCUCGUGCUGCUCCGGCUGCCACUGUUGAGGAGUGGGAGGAGGGCGAAGAUGGGUGUGAGAACUUGGAGGAUGAGCCUGGGGAUAGCGAUAGGAACAGUGGCAGAGGCAGAGGCAGUGAUAGUGACGAUGGUGGCUGUGACAACGAGAACUGUGAGGACAGGGAGUGUGAAGCUGAUAUGGAUGCAGAUAGCAGCAUUCUCCCAGGACUUUCCGCUUGCCUGAGGCUGCAGCAGAGAUUCAUUCUUGGCCCCGACGGUGGUGUGCGUAGUAGUAGUAGUAGUAGUAGUGGUGGUGGUGGUGGUUCGACGUACAUUGGUCCAGCUAGAAAGUGGUGGGAUGCGGUGGAGGGGGGUGUGGAUGUGCAGGGAGCUGAUGUGGCGGUUACAGUGGCGGAGAUACAGGUGAGAGGAACUGGCAGCGCAGCUGGUGGUGAUGGUGAGAUGUACUUUUGGCAUAGAAACAUAAAGCUAGAGGGGAAGAAGAAGAAGUUGCAACAUGUAUACAGACUGAAGAUGUUACUGUCGCUCCUCUCCUCCAUCUCGCCAUCACCAGCAGCAGCAGCAGCAGCAGCGGCCGAAGCACAAUCUGCUGAGUCGUUACCCACCUUCCAGCCAACCCACCGUGGUGCGCCUGCCAGUAUCGCCACUGGGAGCGCAGGUGGGUCUUUGGUGGCCAUCCGGAAUCUCGACACACGCCAGUACCUCACAGUCGAAGACUCACCCAGCCUUCCAGGAAGCUUCCGCCUGACGUCCGUGGCGCACUACAGUCUCGCAACGAGCGACCGGGCGGUGUUUCUUGUCCAUUUCCCGGAGAGCCGCGGGUGGCGGGAAAAGCUCAAGCUGCCUCCCUUACCGUUCCUGCCGCACAAUUGGGAUUGGGGGGAGCGGUCAAGGGAAAUGCGCAACGGGCAGGAGCAAGAGAGACAGCAAGGGAGGCAGCAGCAGCAGCAUGAAGGGUUGUGUUGGGAUGACACCCCCUUCUGGAGCAUUGCUCGAGAUGAGCACAAGGGAUUCAGCAGCAUCAGCAGCAGCGGCAGCAUCAACAGCAGCAGCAGCAGCAGUGCAAGGGGGAUUUCUAGACGUGGAAGAGAAGCGAAAGGCUUUAUCUGGGAUGGUGUGCAGCACAGCCUGCCUGUGCUGCCGCUGGUUCGGGUGCAUGUGGGGGAGGUGGCAUCUGUGGUUCAGCUGGGCUCGCACAAGACUCGCCUGUUUGGUUCCUGUCGCAUUCAAGUGACCACCUACGAUGGCCAGAGGAGCCGAUGGACCAGCCUCCUGACGUCAAGUCCAACGGACCUCUUCUGGCGCUCCCGUACACUCUGUACCCCUUAUAAGCCUGGAACGUUGGCGCUGGUGAGGGUGCAGCAGGUGCGGGUGGUGGUGGAGGAGGAGUCUUUGGACGCGCUGCUGCUGCUGGUGGGACUGCUGGGACUGGCUGGGCCGUAUACAGUGCGCCACUCUCCCAUCCUCGCCAACCGAUGCAUGGUGACCAACAACACGACUCUCCGCCUCGCCUGUUCCUUCUUCAACCACGCCUCUGAUAGUUCCCCUGCUGCUAGUGGGAGUUCGCUUGCUGAUAUAGGCCACUCGGUGGUGAUGCCGAAGCAGGGAGUGAAAGAACCAGCGGCAGCAGCAGCAUGGGGAAGCGGAGGAGGAAGGGGCGUAUCUGAGGCAGUGAUUGGGUGCAGAGGCACAGGGACGUUUCUUGUGCGACACUUCCUGUCCCGCAGGAACCUCUCCAACGCACGCGAGUCAUCUCUCGCUUUCCUGCGUCUCUUGCCACCACCGCUGCCCAAGACGCAGCACCGCACGGAACAGCACCGAACAGAGCGGCAGCAAGCAGAGCAGCAGUGGAAGCAGCAGGAGGGGCAGUGGCAGAAGGGGAAGCAGCACGUACAGGAGCAGGAGCCAGCAGCAGCAGCAGCAGCAGCAGAGCAGGGGUGGGUGCUGCCUCUCUCCAUGUCCAUCGCCAGAGAGGGCUCUCUGGCUGUCCGCACACGCAUACUCCAACUCCAAGGUGAGACCCUCUCUCUAAAGCGCCAGAGCGUGCAAGGUUCCCAGCAGGCCGGUGCCUCACUGCCAGGCCCAAUGGUGGUGCUGCACGUGUCCAAGCGCACACCAGAAGGCGUGCGUCUCUCCAUCUCCCCGUUUCUCUCUGUCCGCAACAACACCGGCUGCCCUUUGCAAAUCUGCCUGCGCCGUCGCCCUGCUCCCUCCGGACAAGCAGCAACAGCAGCAGCAGCUGGUGGUGGCGCUGCUGCUGCUGCUGCUGGAGAAGCAACAGGAGAGGAAGCAGUGGUGGGAGGGGUGGGGCAAGCAGGAGUGGCAGUGGCUGAGCAGCAGGAUGAAGUGGGGGUGGUGCAGCAAGCAAGCCCAGGAGUCGAUUACCAGGGGGGGAUUGAGGUGGUGGAGGAACUGCAGCAGGGGCAAGCUUUGGAUGAUGCUGCUCUCUGUUUCCGCUUCGCUGCUUCUGCAGGCGAACAGCGCCGCCUGGUCAACGACCUUGCAGCAGGCAAUUACCUGCUGUCGUUCCGGCCACUUGCUGCCACAAGCAUGUUGCCUGGCCAGGGAUCUCCUGCCAGAGGCACUGCCACCACGGCUUGGAAUCUCUCCCAGCAGCAGCAGGAGACUCGGCAGGAGCAACAGCAGCAACAGCGUGGACAGGAGCAGCAGGAGAAGGAGUGGGAGCAGGAGCAGCUGUGCUUUGAUUGGUCGGAGGAGAUCUCGGGAUCUCAGGCAGUAAGAGACAAGAGCUGGCUGGACGGCAUACAGCGGCAGAUGAAGACAAAAAUGGGCCGCAUGCUACAGAUCAGCCAAAUGUUGCAUCUGAGCGGUGCCCUCAAUUCGUCCUUUUCCACCCUCACUUGCCGGCUAAAAGGCUGCUCUGGAGGGUCUAGAAAUCCUGAACCUGAACAGCAGGCUUGGGAGAGUGCUGGACUAGCUGGGCCAGGAGAUGGCGCAGGUUCUGCUGUCAGGGCCGAGAUUCGGCAUUUUCUGGUGAAGGUGGGAACUGAGGAGGUUCAUCUGGGGGCAUUGAAAGACGGUCAAGUGGUGAGUGACUUGCGAGGGGGAGGGAGGAGAGGGGAGGUGGGCGGGAGUGAGAGGGAGGGGGGAGAGGGGAGAGGGGUGGCAUGGGUGCGGCCAAUGCAGGUAGAGGUGCUGCCCACUGCACGAGUGCGCUGCUGGCUUCCCUUUGAUAUAGUGGUGGGUAUCUCACCAACAAAGAGGGAAGCCGGUGCUGCUUCAGCGGUUAUUGUUGCUGCUACUGCUGCUACUGAUGGUGGUGGUGCUGUGGCUGCUGCCACUGCCAGUGCUGCUGUGCCUGCAGGUCAUGUCUCCGUUCUUCACAUCCCUGCCGCCUCUUCGGCCUGGCUCUCUCUCUUUGCCGACCCCUCCUGGUGCUACCUCACUCUCCUCCACACCCCCCCUGCAUCACCUGAGAAAACACCUGAACGAAGACGUCAGGAAGCGCCUGCAGCGGCACCUGAAGCAGCACCUGAAGAGUCGCACAGCGCAAACCUUUACAGCACAGGGACUAGGGAAGGCAUUCAAAUGGGUGUGACUGCAACGAGUAGCAGUGUGACUGUAGCGAGCAGCAUGUGGAGCAGCGCCCCUGUCCAUGUGCCCUGUGCUGGUAACAUGCUGGCACUGCUGACCCGUGAUGUGCUGCCACCUGUCAAGGGCGCAGUGGCUCUUGCCCACCUGGGAGGGUUGCCGUCUUCUGGUGGGAACGAGGUCCAGGUGAAACUGAAUCAGGUGAAUUUCCAGGAGGGGCAGCAGCAGCAGCAGUUGGUGGGCCCGCCUCAGGUGAAUCCUCAGGAGCAGCAGCGGCAGCAGCAGCGGCAGCAGCAGCAGCAGCAGCAGCAGCAGCAGCAGCAGCAGCAGCAGCAGCAGCAGCAGCAGCAGCAGCAGCAGCAGCAGCAGCAGCAGCAGCAGCAGCAGCAGCAGCAGCAGCAGCAGCAGCAGCAGCAGCAGCAGCAGCAGCAGCAGCAGCAGCAGCAGCAGCAGCAGCAGCAGCAGCAGCAGCAGCAGCAGCAGCAGCAGGGUGGUGUCUCAAUGAGGAGGAGUGCGUGUGAGAUGGCAGUGCAGUUGCGGACCCGAUACAGCGACAAGGAUGCAGUGCCUGAGUUUGAGAUCUUUCCUGCAUGGACCAUCCACAAUGCCACUAACACGCCGCUGUUUUGCUCCGUGGCGGGAAACCCAGUGGAAUCAUCUUGGGCGCCAGAUGGCAGGGGGAGGAGAGGGAGCCGCGCACAGCAGCAAUCACAGACAUCUUCACCGCACUCCACCGCGUCUCUCCUUCUGAACCCCAGCGCCGCCAAGCCGUGGCUUGCUGCACAGGAGGGCACAAGUCGACUGGGAGUGGGGAGAGGUAACAACCGCGAGAGAGGCAACAAGGGAAGCAGCAGUGUUGCGGGAAGAGGGUCCAUCAUUGAUCUCUCUUCCAUCUGCCGCACCACAGAAAUCCAGCUUGUGCAGUAUGUACCCGUUAUAAGGGACAGGGAGGCCACUGUAAGAGAACGGGGGAUGUCUAUAAGGGGUACAGGAAGUAGAGUGCAGGAGCAGCAGAGGGGAAGGGAGAGGCGGCAGCUAGAGACGGUGAUGGAAGGUGGGGAGGAAGGAGAGGAAGGGGAGGAAAGGGAGGAAGGGGAGGAAGGGGAAGGAAGAGAAGAAGGGGAAGAAGGGGAUGUGGAGGGGGGUUUCCUUGCUGCUACUGCUGAGUCAGCGUGUGAUUGGUCGCUGCGAUGCUUCCAGUUUGCCGUCCGCCUGUGCCUGUCAGCGAGUGGCAGUCCCUCCCGUGUGGUUGAGAUUUGUCCGAGAUACGUCGUGCGCAACCGCUUCCCCGUGCCGCUUCUUGUGUGCCAGGAAGGACUAGAGUACUUCCCUGAGCUCUGGACCACCAUCCAACCAGGCGAGUAUGCACCCAUCCACGCCCAAUCACCCUCGCACAUCUGGUCUUCCCAUUCCUCCCUCGCCCUAUCCUCCUCCUCCUCCUCUCCCUACUCUCCUCCGGCUUCCUCCUCUCACGAUUCUGUGCUGGAAGAGGGCGGCAUCAUUCGUCCUUUCCUGCGUUUCCGCCCGCUGGAUUCGUCCGAUCCGUUCUCGCCUGCUCCAUCUCCUCGAGGCCAAUCACAGCCUGCCACAUGGCAUUGGUCCGGGCCGUUUGGGGCGGCAUCUCUCGGCUCGUUCUGCCUCAAGAUGCGCUCUCACAGCAACAGCAGCAACAAUGGGGGUGCUGGUUACCCACUAGGAGGAACCAUCCAGGAAACUCCCCCAUCCCCGUCCCCAUCAUCCCCAUCAUCAAAAUCACCAGCAGCAUCACCGUCAGCAGCAGCAGCAGCAGACCUCCAGCGCCAGCUGUCAAUGUCGGUUGUAGCGGCAGGUGGCGUGCGCGUGCUACAGCCGGUGCUCUUCGCCGUUGCUGACGUGGCAGAGGGAGGAGGAGGAGGCGGGGGAGGAACCACGGGAGGCUCAGCAGAAGGCGCACAUGAUUUGAGGUUGAACACAUCAGCAGGGAAAGCAGGGGGGCCGGAAGGAGUGGGAAUGGGGCCUGGCGAUGGAUCAUCAGGUGCUGAUGCAGCAGGGCAGAAUGAACCCUCGGGGAUAUCACAGUCAGCAGCACUGGGAGCAGUGUCCGCAGGGGCAGCAGUGGGCGGCACGUGGGUGGCGGAGAUUCGUCCAGUGGACGGCAUGAGGGAGGCGCCGUACCGCAUUGAAAACACUCUCUCUGGAUUGGCCGUCUCUGUCGCCCAGAAAGACCAACGAGUGGCUGUAGCACAGAAGGGUUCAGAGGGGUGGGAGGUGGUGGAAGCAGGCGAGUCUGUUCCUUUCACCUGGGAAGACUGGCGCUUACCUAAAAGACUGCUACUCACUGCUCCGGGCUGCUCGCCCCAGCAGGAGGUGAGUCCCGACAAGGUCAAGCCGUGGCGCCGCCUGCGCCUCUCCCACUCCGCCUUCCCCUCCCUGCUGCCCUUCCACCUGCCUUUCCACCUGCGCCAGUGGAAAGGGGGGGAGGAGGGGGUGGAGGAGGAGGAGGAAGAGGAUUUUGAUGAUGAUGCUUACAAGUAUGAGGAUGAGGAGGCGGGGCAAGAGGAGGGAGAAGGUGCUGGGGAGGGCGCUACUGAGGAAGGUAGAGCUGUCAGUGGAAGGGGCGGGGGUAGAGGCAGCAGGGGUGCAGCAGGUGCUUCAGCAAGGCAGCAAGCGGCGCGGGAGCAGGCAGCAAGGCAGCAGGUGGUGGGAGUGGAGGUGUAUGCGGAUGGGCCGAUACGGGUGGUGCGUGUGUGCACGAGGGAGGGUGCCAAGGACCGGGAGGGCUCUGGCAGAAAGGGUGCCGCAUGGGGGACUGGUGUGGGCGGUGGCGCUACGAGUGGUGGUGCAAGUGGUGCUAUCGCUGUGACCAGUGGUGGGAGUGCUGGGGUUUUGACUGGUGGUGGGACGGAAGGGGGUGGCAGGGAGGCAGGGGAUGUGAGGGAGAUGGAAGGGAUGGUGGAAGUGGAAGGGAUCGACAUCAAGCUGCUGCAGGUAAGGCGAUUGGUGAGGGAAUGGGGGGGCAUGGUAUUGGUGGAUGUGAGGGAAUGGAAGGGCAUGGGAUUGGUGGAUUCCGGUAGCUCCUCCGAGUUGAGUGCAAAGGAGGAGGCAGCAGCACCAACAGGGAAGGGUAGGGAGAGGAGAGAGGGGAAAGAGCCGGAGGGAGAGGAAGGGAGAGGGGAGGAGGAAGAGGAAGAGGAGAGGGAGGAGGAGAGAGAGGAGGAGAUGGAUCGCCGGGUGUUGCUGCACGGGCGGACGGACGGCCUGUGGGCGUCCUUGUCUCUUUCUCAAAGAGACCUGGCUCUUGAGGCUGUGCUGUGUAAUGCCGGUAUCGACUCUCGUUCCCCAUCCCUCAAGCCCCCACCGCUCCCCAUCUCUCUCAGCCACUCCACCUCCAGCACCACCGCACAGCACCCCAUCCUCUCCUCAGCCGUGGUUCUCCGCUCCCUCAACCCGUCUCCAGCCAUGGGUGCUGCGGCUACCAGUGGCACCAUGAUAGGACGCACCUUGAGGGAUUGGCGGGUGGGGAGGGAGGGCGUGGGAGGGGUGGGAGGAGGGAGAGGAGUAGGAGGAGGCGGAGGAGGAGGAGGAGGAGGAGGAGGAGGGGAGGGGGCACCGUUGUGUUCAAUGGCAGUGGUGGUGAAUCGGCUGGCUUCGCGGCCACAGCACAUUCCCUCCGCAUCCUUCCUGCUGCAGGUGAGCUUUCUUUUGAGGCGCCUCAAAAGCCUGCUGCAGGCAGUGGAGGUGAACAUAGAUGAGAGCACGUUGCUGCGCCUCGUGCCAUUCUACCGAAGCAAGGACCCCAGCGUGCCCGCAGUGGAGGUGAACAUAGAUGAGAGCACGUUGCUGCGCCUCGUGCCCUUCUAUCGCAGCAAGGAUCCCAGCGUGCCCGUGCGCGACUGGAGCACCACGCCCAUCUACAUCGAAUACCUCGAGAUUCAUCCCAUCAAGGUGGUGGCGAGUUUUCUCCCCAGUGCACCGGGUGCCAUUGACUACUCGUCAGCACAGGAGGCGCUGCGGGGGAUUCUGCACUCGGUGAUUCAAGUGCCGGCAGUGCAGCGCACACCCAUCCACCUGCACGGGCUGCUGCUGACGCAUGCCCUCACCUCCUCCAAGCAGAUGGUUGCUAAGCUUACAAGGCACUAUUCAUGGUACGUCCUAAGAGCAGUGUACAUAGCGCGGGGCCUGCCGCUGCUGCCACAGCCCUUCACGGCUCUCUUUGACGACUCCGCCUCAUCAGCUCUGGAUGCGUUCUUCGACCCCUCUCAGGGCCACAUCGCCCUCGCCACUGCCACCACCAGAGGAAUAUUUGAUAUUCUCCGCAAGGUGGUGAGGAGGCGAGAUGCUGGUGGCGGUGGCAGCGCGUUUGGCAUCUCACCCACUCUCUUCCUGGGGGACGUGGAGUCUACGGUGCGGGAGGCGGGCACAGGAGUGGUGCACGCAAUGGUAUCAGAGAUCUCUGAUUCCAUGAUGAAAGGGGUGGAGAGCGGUGGCCUGCCGGGCCUGGCCAAGGGCUUCCAUCGAGCCAUCCUCCGCAUUGCCAUGGAGCCGGACACCAUGCUCGCGCCUCUCCUGCAUCCCUUCGCACCCGGAUUCACUGCCGCCCUCUCUUCUUCCUCCUCCUCCUCCUCCACUCGCCGCCGCUUCCUCUCCACCACCCGUAUCCGCCUGCGCACCAGCCUGGGACUGCACGAGGCGUACGUGGAGGGAUACCUACAAGCCAUGCUUGACACGAUAUAUCGCCAGCCCUAUGUGACUGUCAAGAUCGCCAACGACACAGUCGUUCUGAAGAACCUACCCCCCAACACAUCUCUCACCAAUGAGAUGGUGACAUGCGUCACAGACUUCCUGGUCACAGAAGGGCUGUUGGAGCCUGAGAGGGGAGGCGGCAGGGAUGGAGGCAGGGGAGGAGGAAGGGGAAGGAUGGGGAUGCCGGUUGCUGGUGGUGCUGGUAUCGGUGGUGCUGCUGGUGGGGCCGGGGAGGUGUCUGCUUUCCGAUCACUGCGGCGCAUUCACGGGGAGCAGAUGGUGAGUUUUGUGGGGAAUGAGGUGGUGAGAGAGAGUCGUGUUUUGAGUCGACUCAAAACACGGCAGGGGAGGUGUCUGCUUUCCGAUCACUGCGGCGCAUUCAUGGGGAGCCGUGUGUGGGAUGAGGUGGUGAGAGAGAGGCGUGUUUUGAGUCGACUCAAAGCAUGA